AUGGCUUCUACAACAUCCUCGGCUGCUCCUCAACAGCACUAUUCUCGUAACUGGUGCAAACCGAGGUUAGUUAGGCACAUGAGUAUCACGAGCACAUUCCUUUUACUGAAUUUAUCUACGCCACCAGGUAUCGGCAAAGGCCUAGUAACUGCAUACCUUGCAAAGGCCAACACUACUGUGAUAGCGACAUGUAGAGAAGUGUCCGAACAGAUUACAAAAGACUUGUUCUCUCUUUCUAGAGGUCACGGCUCUAAUCUCAUCAUUGUCUCUCUUAGCCUUGAUAAGCCACAGAGUGUCAUUAAUGCAGUUUCUCAACUACAAAGGCAUCACUCGAUUAAUAAAAUUGAUAUCGUGAUUGCAAAUGCUGGGAUAUGCAUUCACUAUGGCCCUUUAGCACGCAUGGAGGAUGCAGACCUGGUAUCGCACUUUGACGUGAAUACCCUUGGCCCGAUCAGGCUAUUCAGGGCGACUUUGCCGCUGCUGCAAGCCAGCAGUCAACCCAAGUUCAUCUAUAUCUCAUCCGAAUUAGCCAUCAUCACUGGCCUUGAACGCUCUUCGUCGUUGACUUCGGCGUACGGUGUCUCGAAGGUAGCCAGCAACUACCUAGUCAAGAAAAUUCACACAGAACAUCCGGAUAUGAUCGCAUUUUCAAUUGAUCCAGGAUUUGUCCAAACUGAUAUGGGAAAUCGCGGCGCGCAGUGCAAUGGGCUAGAGAAAGCUCCGAUGACUAUUUCCGAAAGCGUCGAAGGAAUUGUCAAUCAGGCGGAAAAAGCCUCCAAAGAAACAACCUCAGGCAGAUUCAUAAAACAUGAUGGUGAGCAGCUUCCGUGGUAA